ACGACAUUUGGCGCAUGUGGUUCUUUCACUGCUGUGAUUCCGUUAUAUGGUGUGUUCGGUUAAACACAAAAUGCUUCUUCCGUUUAGAAGAGUGUUAGCAGGAGUGAAGAUUCAUAGCUGUAGGCCUUUCUCGGUAUCCAGAAUAAAGUCAAACUGUAAAAAAGGCUUGGUGCUUGGUGUGUAUGAGAAAGAGAAAGAAGAUGACAGUGUGUGCUUCACAGAGGCUGCCAGUAGCUUUGACGGAUCCCUGUCUGGGAAGCUCAGAGAGCUGCUCUCAAUUUCCGGGCCACCGCUCAAAAAGGGGAAAAGCCGUAUAUUUUAUGGACUGCACGAGGACUUUCCCAGUGUUGUGGUCGUAGGCCUUGGUAAAAACUCACCUGGGUUUUGCAGUAAAGAGAACUGGUACAACUGCAAAGAGAACAUCAGAGCUGCUGUUUCAGUGGGCUGCAGGGCACUUCAGGAUCUGGAGGUCCCGCUCGUGGAGGUGGACCCCUGUGGGGAUCCCCAGGCUGCGGCGGAGGGGGCCGUCCUUGGCCUCUUUGAAUACGACGAGUUCAAGAAGAAGAAGACGUUUGCGGUAAAAACACAGCUGCAUGGCAGCUCUGAUACUACAGCUUGGGAGAGAGGAGUUCUGUAUGGAGAAGGACAGAAUCUCGCAAGACGUUUGAUGGAAGCUCCAGCCAACCAUGUCACUCCAGCGUUUUUUGCAGACACUAUAGAGCAGAAACUUGCACCUUUUUCUGACAAAGUUAUCAUUCAUAAAAGGCCGAAAUCUUGGAUUGAGGAGCAACAGAUGGGCGCUUUCCUGAGUGUGUCGAAGGGGUCUGAGGAGCCGCCUGUCUUCCUGGAGAUUCACUAUAAUGGAAAUGCAGAAUCCAGUCAACCACCCCUAGUAUUAGUGGGAAAAGGGAUUACUUUUGACAGUGGAGGAAUUUCGCUGAAGCCGUCGUCAGGCAUGGAGGCCAUGAGAGCAGAUAUGGGCGGAGCUGCCACCGUGUGUUCCUCAAUUGUCACCGCUGCGGCCUUGAAGCUUCCAGUCAAUAUCAUCGGUUUGGCACCCCUCUGUGAAAACAUGCCCAGUGGAAAGGCAAACAAACCUGGUGAUGUUGUAAAAGCAAAGAAUGGAAAAACAAUCCAGGUGGACAAUACUGACGCAGAAGGAAGGCUCAUACUUGCAGAUGCUCUUUGCUAUGCACAUACUUUUAAUCCCAAGGCAAUAGUUAAUGCUGCAACCUUGACAGGAGCUAUGGAUGUGGCUCUGGGCUCUGCUGCAACCGGUGUGUUCACCAACUCAGACUGGCUAUGGAAGCAGCUCUUUAAGGCAAGCAUUGUGACCGGCGAUAGGGUUUGGCGGAUGCCCCUGUUUCAGCACUAUACCAAACAGGUCACCGAUUCUCAGCUGGCAGAUCUCAACAACAUUGGCAAAUACAGCCGGUCCGGCGGGCCGUGUACAGCCGCAGCCUUCCUCGGGGAGUUUGUCACAGCCCCACACUGGGCCCACCUGGACAUGGCUGGCGUCAUGUCAAACAAAGACGAGAUCCCGUACCUGCGCAAGGGCAUGUCCGGCAGGCCCACGCGGACGCUGGUGGAGUUCGCCGCUGGCCUCUGCACGGAGCCUUGAAGCACCCGUUCGGCGACUUUGAAACAUUUAUGUUUAGCUUAUUGAAAAUAAAAUAACUUUUUAAUGACUUUAGAUGCCGGGUGUUUAUGUCAUGCCGGAAAAGUAGCUUUCUUGUGAAAGGCACCAUUUGCUUUGACGUGAUAUUACUUCACUUAGUCAUACAAAUCAUCGAUCCGUUUUCAUCACUCCACUGUUGGGUUAUGGUGCCCUGCAACCUACCCUGCACAUUGCGUGGUGGUACACCAGUCUGCGUGACGGUCGCAGCAAAUGCGUUUCCUGCGCUAACACAGACGCACUACGGGCAAGUUAUAGUCAGUCACCGGUGCGCUUGAAACGCAUCUCUUUGGGCUGUGAGAGGAAACGGGAGCAUCUGGAGGAGACCUGCGUGAGCACAAGGAGAACAUGCGAGCUGCUCGUGGGCGCCAUCGUGCUGAACACAUGUAUUGUAAUGCUACGCACACUUGUGCCGUGCAGUUCAGUCAAAUACUAAUGGGAUAAGGUUUGAUGCAAAGAGACUGAGCUCCUCUAAGUGUCACUACAACGAUGGACUUGAUUAAAAUUGAUGCAAUCGUGAACAAUUAUUCUGAGAUGAAACUGGGGGAAAAGUAUCGUAUCACUUUCUUUUUACAUCAUCAUGGAAGCAAACUUUAGCAACGGUAA